AUUUCACUACGUUGUUUCCUUUAAAGCAGCGUGCUCUCUCGUCGAAUUGUGCUGUGCCUUGUACAUUAUUUUUGUUGGGCGAUUUAAUAAGAAACAAUUGCGAGCAUCAAGGUGGGUCAUGGAGAACUCUGUUAGCUCGAUACCAGGUCUAAAACCGUUUCCGGAAAGACACGACAAAUUCAAAACGCCGCGCGCUUUCCUCGAAGGAAGGAGUAAAAUCGAUGGCGCGGAGGGCCUAUGGAGGAUCAGAGAUCGUUUAUACGAUCUCGAAACAUUUGCCAAGUUCCAUCCAGGAGGAGAAGAAUGGAUUCGUCUCACCAAAAAUACCGAUAUCACGGAAUUGUUUGAGACUCAUCAUCUGACCGAUAAGGCUGCGUCUCUUCUGCCCAAGUAUUACAUAAGGGAAGCAGUUUCCGAACGAUCGGUGCCAUUGACGUUCGAACCAAAUGGAUUUUAUAAUACGUUCAAGAAACGCGCCUUGGAGGCUCUGAAAGAUGUAGAUUUCCAUCGACCCUCGAAGAAGACGAAUCUCAUCGCCGAUUCCCUCGCUACAACUGCUGUUCUUUUGAGCCUCCUCGCAGCUUUUGCGCAAUCUUAUUUAGUACUUUGCGCAGCUGGAGUGUUCCUAGCUUGGACAACGAUAAUCGCCCACAAUUAUUUCCACAUGCGGAACAACUUUCGAAUGUAUUAUUUCGAUCUAAGCUCGAUGUCGUCGAAGGAUUGGCGCAUAACGCACGUUAUGAGCCAUCAUAUAUAUCCAAAUACUAUUUGGGAUUACGAAAUUUACGUGGCCGAGCCGUUCCUCCAGUGGCUUCCGGAUAAAACAAAGUCCACGUUUAAAAGUAUUGCCAGCCAGAUUGCAAGCCCCAUCGUUUGGUCUCUGAUGUUCAUUUCAAAUCUGGUCAAAAGGUAUUAUUCCAUAUACUUCGAGUACGGGAAAUUCGAAUUUCGCGACGCAGUGCCUUUAUUGCUGCCCUCUUUAAUGUGUUUCUUCGCGCCAAGCGUUCUGAUGGGUUUGAAAUUCUGGUUAUUGGUACUCGUAAUAAGCAGCUUUCUGUUCUCCAUGAUCGGUUUUAACGCUGCCCAUCAUCACCCUGACAUCUUCCACGACGGCGAUAUAUACAGGGACGAUCUCGAUUGGGGUCUGCUAGAAUUGGAUGCCGUUAGAGAACGAAAAGUAAUCGACGAUUCCGAUUUCCUUGUACUGACUAAUUUCGGGUUGCACGGUCUUCAUCAUUUACUGCCAACCGUGGACCAUUCUUAUUUGCCACUUUGCGAGGAGGCAUUCGAAAAGACUUGCAAGGAAUUUAAAAUCGAUACAGAGAGGUGGACGCAAUGGGAACUGAUUAAAGGGCAGUUUCAACAAUUAAUGCGCAAUGAACCGAAAAAGAAUUACAGAUAGAGUAUCCGUAUGAACGUAAUUAAUUGCACGAUUGAUGGAGUUAUAGCAAAUUAUAGUUUUUGGCUGUUUAACAAUAAGGAAACCUGUUUGUACAGAGUAUACUUCUUAAUGUACUAAUUAUACUUUGCUUAAUAUUUUAAUAUUCGAAGCGUCCUCUGAAUAACUUCGAUACAGCUACCUUGUAGAACUUUUGAAGGAAUGCUACUGGGAAAAUUAAUAUUUAAUUAAAUU